AUGAAGCAAGCCAGUGCCAAGAAGAAUUCCUUCAAUCGAGGUAAGGUCCUUAAUGAUAAUAUAUCAUAUGGAUUUGACAAGAAAUUCAACAAGCAUGUAGGGGAGAAGGGUGGUUUUGAAGAAGAAUUGGGUUCAAACAGCCACAAACUCGAUGAAUUCAGAGAUAGACAACGAGCCCUUAACUUCCGACGAGGAAAUCAUGCCUCCAACUUUAACAAAGCCGAUGCCAAGAAAGCUCUCCGAGAAAGCGACUUCAACAAAAACGCUGCCCAAAAGGCUCUCCAAAAUAACGAUUACCAGCGAGCUAAGGAUCUUAUUGAUAGAGAUGAAGUCAAGAGUCUUAGAGAUAGCCGACGAGGUAACCUUAAGAAUGCUGUUCAUAGUGCCGAAAAUGGUGGAUUCAACAAUAACAAUGCCGUUGCUGCCAAAACCGCCAGUUCUAAAAACCGACAAUUUGCUGAUGCUGCUGCAAAGAAGACUGCUAGUCAAGCACAAAAGGAUUUAGACGAAGCCAAAAUAGACAAAGAAAACUCAAAACGAGUUCUCAGUGACAGAAACCAGAAUCAACGCAAACUUAAAAGAUUCUUCCAUGAUAAACUUGAAGGGGGAAACAACUUUGAACGUCUUAACUUCAACAGAAAAAGAAUCGAAAGCGAUUUCGAGAAUUGA